UUUGAAUAUUAACUGCUACGGAAGAUAUCGUUCCUUUGGCCCAAAAACGGCAAUAAUGGACCACAGAACCAUUCUCUGGUCAUCUUUAAUCUUAUUCAUGUUACAUAUAUGGAUUCCUUCAUUUGUUUCAGGAGAUCAUGACUUAAAAAGGUCAAAACCWAAACGAGUAAGUCGAGCUGUUAGUGACAUCUUUAGAAAGGCGCUUACUCCCUCCAGUCCAUUUGACUCUGAUAUGUCAUCGGUGGUAGGUGGUGACGAGAAGCCUCGUGCGAGAAUGCUUUUACCAGGCUACUACUCACAAGAAUGCAAUGCACAUAAGCCCUGCGAUAAAGGUAAAUACUGUCACAUGUUUCUUUGUGUACACUGCUUGAAGGAAAAUGUGGCUUGCACCCAGAACGGUCAGUGUUGUGCAGGUCAGUGUACUUAUGGAAGAUGUAAGAAGGAUGCUCAGGAGGGUUCGCCUGGAACAUUCUGUGAUCGUCAUGACGACUGUAAGGAUCCUGCUGGCACGUGUUGUGUAAGAGAACCAGCUAUCAAUCCACAUAUAUCGGUAUGUAAACCACCCUUGGAAGAGAACAUGGUAUGCGGUCCAAUAAACUUUUUCAAGAAUGUGUAUGUCGGUGCACAAGUACAAAAAUCAUGUGGACCAUGCAAAGAAGGGUUAAUGUGUAAACAAGUCGGCAUUUUUGGAGUUCACGAGAUAUGUGUCAAGGAGGACGACAAGAAAUAAACAUCAACACAAAUCCAUGACGUCAUACCAUAUUUGUUUAAGAAUACAAUCAAACAUGUACAUUGAAAUUUUAAGAAACCAUCGAUCAGACAUUUUGGCAAUGACUUCAGUGAUUCGACUCUUUCACUUGUGUGAUUCUCGCCAUCUUUGAUGAGCUUCUUCCAUACCACAGGGAGUCCAACCUGAAACUUUGUGACCCUUUUAAAAACAAAUUUUCGAAUGAAGAAUAAUAUACUUCAUAAGGCUAAAUGAAUGCUAAAAGAACCGUAUCUUAAUUUUCCCCUGUAUAUUUUUUAAAAAUUUUUUUCUGAAAAAAGUUACGUUGGGCUUCCUGCGUACACGUUCUUAUGUGACACGAAACYGAAAAGUGCAUGAAUUGCGUUUGUUGGAUCAUUAACAAAUAUUAUUACUAUAACURAUCAAUAACCCAGAAAGACCUUAAGGAAUCAUUCAUACUUUUAUACAAUAAAAAGUGAAGAUUGUUUCAUCGCUUACCAAAACUAGUGCAUUGGAUAAUGUUCGAUCAAAUAGCUAAACAUCUGCUUAGGCAUUUUUUCUCAGCUCAAACUAAGCUAAAAAAAAAUAGCUAAAAAUCUACUUAGGCAUUUUCUCUUAGCUCAAACUAAGGUACUCACUGCACAGACAUAAUGAAUAAGGGUUUAAGUUUAUAAUAAUGGGUGUGGCAUGAAAUCAGCAUAUUUAUACUACGGAUAAAUCAAGRAAAAACAUCUUAAUGGCCCUAAAAGUCCAAAAUAUGUCAUUUUACUUUGAAAAURUGAAAAUUGUGGGAAAGCGUUAUUCUUGAAGAGCAAGCUACAUCAUAGCCGCCAUGUUUUUGGUUGACCAUAACAAAACGUUCCUCAUUAGCUUCUUAAAUCAACGAAAAUGGURGCCGUUCCAUUGUUAUUUACAUCUCAAGAUUUUUAGUCAUAUUGUUGCACCCCAAUAUGUCCCCAAUAUUUUGCCAUUAGUAUAGUGCUUUUUUUUGUUUUUUUUGUUACAACUGUUACAACUCUAUUUAAUGACGUACCAACACACAAUAGCAAGUUAAAGAUUGUCUGAUUUCAUACACUUUGCCUGAUCAAAUCAAAUCAAUGCAAUACCACUUCCUAUAUGUUUUUUUAUUGAUAUCCAUCGCAAUAAAAUUCUUUCGUCUCCAGUAACUCAGGUGGAAAAAAAUGAUGUUGCUGAAAAGAUUGACGGCUUUGUUGCGGUAGACAUCUGUGGGCAUAGGGACUAGUGAAACUUGGGACUGAGGCCUUCUAUGUUAUGAACUAAGUCCUUCUUGUCUUAAUUUGACAGAAUAUCAAAGCUACAAAGAAAAGGAAUGUACAUAACAUGAGAUAAAACAUGAACUGUUUAUGUUUAUCCUAUAACGCCGGAGAAGAUCGACAAGGGGUUGAUAACAUUUAAUUAACGACAGACUGAUGGCAACUACAGCUAAGUAAUAUCUUAAUCAAACGYUCGACAAGAAUAACAGAUAUUCGUAAGAAAGGCAUCUGGUUCUUUCGAAUUCCAGAGCAAUCACAAUAAGUAUAUUCAAGGKCUUAAAUAUAAACUUGUAGCUGUCGUUCUAUUAUUGCCAAUGACGAGUGAACUUACAAAUGACUAAUAAAGUAGCCAAACACUUAAAGUAAAAUUUCUCUUAAAAGGAUGAGGACGUAAUAUYUCGUUGAAAUGGAAAAACUAAGAUCGAUUAAUCAAAUAGAACGAAUAKGGACUUGAAUGAGGGGGCGGGUAACAAAGUGGCAUGCAGUCACUUCAACACUUUUAACUUAAAUAAUGCCUUMAAGGAAAGAAAAAAAGUUGUUUUUAUUUUAUUCCUUUAUUUUAAUUGUUAAGUUGUUUUAUUAUUGCUUUCACUCUUCCUUUGAUUUAAAGGCUUUCAUUUUGUUUCUUUUCCUUUCCUACUUAGAGCACUAGACCUUAACCCGAAUGACGUUUUAUACCCUAAACUACCACCGACAAUUCUUUUCAAAAUCUCUUUUCAUAUACCAAUGUUAAACCUCCUUUACCUCUGAAUACCAAGAGAAUAUAGUAAAAGAAAAAAGCAUAACAGAAAAAAGGAUCUUGGAAGUGUAGGUACAAAACGUCAUGCAUGAUGCUUGAGGCUUCUGACUAUAAGUGCUACCAUYACGUUGCAAAAUCUUAACCUCGUGAAUUUCUUUAUUUACAUAUCGAUAUUUCACUUCAAARAGUCCUGUAAAAACAUGUAUUUAGUUAGAAUAGCUAUCUAUAUCUCUGUUGUACUUAACAUUCAUAAAACAUAAARGAAGCAACAACGAGUAUAUCAAUUUAACCCCUCACAUACCCACACACCCACUCACAAACAAUGUAUAUUUUAACGCCUUUAACGAGCAAGGAUCCCCAAGCCAAAAAUACGGGAUGGUGCUUGCAUAGAACUUUUUGUUUAAAAAAUGAAAUAAAAUAAAAGGAAAAUA